CUCUUUCCCCCCUCCCGUCCUCUCUCUUAGCAUGAGUGCAUGGUUGAUCGGUUGAGAGAGGGAAGCAAGGGAAGGGAGGGCUGGGAAUGGAACGGAGGGAAGCGCGACAGGAACGACGAGCGGAAGGGCGACGGAACUACGAGGGGAAGGGCGAGGGGAGAUCUCGUCGAGUAUGCGUUUCAACCUCUUUUUUUUUACGCGUUAGCCAAAAACUACUCUGCCUAUUUGCCGAUGCGAGCUAGUAUAGAAACCGAAAAAAUAGACUUAGAACCUGAUCCUGAAGGGGGGAGGUGGACGAUGGGUUCGAGGUGGAUUUGUCGCAGAGAAGGGGGUUGUGUGGGUUAUUCUGGGACGAGGUUGAUGAGCUUGUCACUAUCACCGCUACAGUCUGGGAUGCCUAAGACUAAGACGCAGACUCUAUUCAUAGUCGGGGGCGACUAAUGUACUUGAGAGGGUUUGGAGGAUAAUUCUAUUUUCAGUAGACUUUUUCCGUUUUUCAAUGUCUCAAGUCACGAGUCGGUUCGCAUUUCCACACUGCAGUCGAAGAGUUGGAAAGUCGAUAUGAGAUUGAAUUGUAAGUUCUGGACGAUGGGCACAUCAUUGAGUGUGAUGUGUGUGAGGUUGUUCCGGGCGGGGAGAACCACGAUCCCUUGGAUUUUCACCUUGAGCUGACAGUCAAGUACCAAGUAGUGGGAGUCGGUAUAGUGUUGGAGAUGUAGCGAGUUGAGUCAACCAUGUGUUGGCUCCAAUCCGUGUCAUGCGAUCAGCGUUAGGCAUAUGGGUGGGUAAGAAGGGGCGUUGAUCCUUGUGUAGGAAGUGACCGGGAGGGUUUUCUUCACCCCAAUCUUAUGCUACGCUGUAAUUCGGAAGUCUUGGUGGGCAUUCAAGUAGGGGGACGGGUAGGCACUAGUCCAAUUCUAGUUCGUCGCUUAGGUAAUAUUCAUUAAGACCUCGGGGGUUAUUGUUUCCUUCAGCAAGUAACUUGUUGAUCUCUUCACGUUGAGGAGGCGAAGGGGGAGGAGGUCGGUGACUAUUGACUCGUCACGUAAGUGUGAGGUUGUGGAUGGCCACAAAGGCUUGGCAGACUAUGGCGGUGUUGGCAGGCCUCGUGGGGCGAGUGUCUGGUAGUCUUGCCAUGCACUGGGUGGGUCGCACGUCCGCUUUGGACGCGCGAGCGGCUUGGUGUUGGCCUUGUCAGCAUAGUUCCAUGGGCCUUAUCUGGUAAUUUCCCCAACCAUUGUUAGCAGAAUGGUUGGUGAGAGGUCGGUAGCUACUCCUGGGUCGAUUGUGGCAACGUUCCAUGGAACGUUUGAGGACCUUACAACUUUUGCAAAAGAAGCGGUAACUAUGAUGGUCGCAGCGAGGUUCCUUCUGACCAGUUUAGAACGCGAUAUUGUCUUUGCGCGGGGCUUUCUCCUUGUAAAGAUCCAAAUCCCUGCUGCGCUGCCAGCAGGUUUGCGCACAUAGCUGCUUCGGAAACUGCUCCCUGAUGGCGUAGGAGUGCUUUGCAGGGGCGCCAACCAGGCGUAAGCCCGGCAAGGACGAUCAUUCCAAAGAUGUCCUCUGCGAUGGUUCUUCUAAAUAUGAUUGUAGAUACUUCGACAACGGUUAAUGUAGGUGAUGACAUUCUCUCCUGGGGCCAUACACACUUUGAGUAGCUGUCCGAGAAGUCAGCUCGACGAUACAGAGUCCUUUGGCUGACAUAGACCAGUAAAGUACAGCCAGGAGCCACGUGCCGGAGCAGCGUGCAAACGAGCGAUUUACCAAUUGCUCUGUUGGGGAGAUGUUACG